GAGGGAUUCCAGGCCUCCUUAUUCCUUUCUUUACUACCAAAAACUGCGAACGCUCUUUAGACAGCGAGCGGAGGCAUGGUUGUCCGAUCUGGAGGAUGGGAGGCUUCAACUGCAAGAGAUUGUGCGGGUGAUGUCAUCUCCAGCAAACCACCCAUCUGAGGUCCGAGGGGGCGGGGCUUCGAUGGCUGAUUGGCUGGAGGAUAGGUCCCAGCAGCUACUGGACAUUAUCUGGGCGAUGGAGGAGGGUCCGGAUCCUCUGCUUAAUGACAUCAUCGAUUGGGAGCAGGAGCGCGGGAUCACACGUAGAUGCUACGAUCUCUUCAGGGAAGGGCCGGCACUCUCCGAUAGCGACUACAACAGCGGCAGUAUAGGAGACACGACAACAUCGACAAUAUCAGCGGCAAAGACUGGAGCGCAGGUCACCGACAACAAUAACAACAACAACAUCAUUAACAGUGACAAGACAGGAGAGCAGAUCUGUAACUACAUCGACAACAACAUUAUCAUCAAUAGUGACAUGGGGGCAGGCAGCAAUGACGAUGGCAACAGCAGCGUGGAUAACGACGACAACAAAAACAACAACAACAACAACAACAUCAACAACAAGAGCAAUAUUGACGCCGUUGACGAUGAUGUCAACAACAACAACAACAAAGACUACACGACGGUGUUAAUUCCAACAACGGUGGAGACACCAGUCCAGUCAGCUGCGUUUUUGACAGCCGCGACAACCACGACUGAGACAUCAACGACAACAGUAACAACAACAAUAACUACAACAGUAACAACAACAGUAACAACAACAACGACAACGGCGCCUGCACUGCUGGCGGCGACGACGACAACAGUGACAACAGCCGCAGCAACAACAACAUCAUCACAGGGGGAGAGGAGUGGGGAUCUGACGAGGACGGGGAGGAGGGGAUUAGUGUUGAGAAAACGUUUUAUCGUUCCCCCCCCGUUCUUUUUCAAUGUUGAAUCGCUCCUCGAUGUCUGGCAGCAAAUGGGAAUAGGAUAGUAGAUGUUCCCUCUGUUGAUUGGAGUCAUCAGGCCCUCAAUUUCAAUCAACAAGGAAUGUUGACUGUCCCUCAGGUGGGAGGUAGGUUGUUUAGGGUUUUCAUGUGUCUGAUCUCUUUUGUGGAGUGUUUUGAUGAUUGCUUUUCGUUAGGGUUAGGCUCCGAUGGCAGGAGGUCAAUCCCUCCCUGUCGCUGGGAAGUAAUCAAUGCCCCUGCUACCUAGAGUAACGUGGCAGUACAUCACAUCAUCGUUAGGGUUUUGUAUUCUGGUUUGAUCGAUGGGAUUGGCCUUGAUGUCUUCGCUCGUAUUGGAGAUACAGUAGACUAGUAAUCAAAUGUGGACUCCGAC